AUGCCUGCACCUCACAAAGCCCUGGUCACGGCAUGGAGACUGCUACGAGAUCGUCUGCCAACCUGCGAUAAUCUAAGGAAGAUGAAGAUCACUUUGGAAGAAGAGAAGCUUCAAUGCUCAUUCUGUCACGAACACAGUGAGUCCUCAAAUCACCUGUUUGCCAUUUGUUCCAGAACGCAAGAGAUGUGGAAUGCCAUACAGAAGUGGCUAGGGGUCUUCACAGCUCGCCCUCGCUCGGUUACUGCGCACUGGAUGAUGUUCUGUUGUUUCGGCAAUGAAAAGAAGAUUAGGAGGUUACUUAAGAUGGUGUGGGUUGGUAGUUGCUGGAUUCUGUGGAAGAAGAGAAACGACAAAAGGUUUGAAGGAAAGAAAUGGACGGUUGAAGAUGUGAUCUUAGAGAUUAAAGCUAGGACUUGGUGUUGGUAUAAAACAUUUGGUAUUUUUGAUAAGGAGAUGAAUUUUUCUGUUUGGAGCUCCGAGGACUUGAUCUCGAGAGUGAUGUAA